UCAAAUGUCCAUUAUGGACAUGAUUUGCAGCAUCUGGCAUGGUGUGUUGGUUCUUCCCUUUGCUGUCAGAAUUUGCUUGCGUCAUGCAAUUUCCUCUUUUCACUUUGGUCAAGAGAAGGGGCAGAAAAUCAUGAACUUGAGUAUCACUCAAGAUGCGAGUCAGUUCUGCCUUUUCUCUUGGGGCCUCUGACGGAUAUAAACCAAGGAACGCCAACUUCUCCCCCAGCUGGGGAUCAGUUCUCUCCACCAGAAUCGAUUCCUGGAAGCGACACAGUUGGAUUUUAAAAAAGAACAUACUUCACUUACUCCCAAGAUGAGUGAUGAGGAGGUUACUUACACAACUGUGAGAUUCCAUAAAUCUUCAGGGUUGCAGAAUGGAGGAAGGUCUGAUGAGACUCAAGGGCCCAGAGAAGCUGGCCAUGGAAAGUGUUUAGUUCCAUGGCACCUCAUUGCAAUACCCCUGGGAGUCCUUUGCUCCAUUCUGCUGGUGACAGUUGCAGUGUUGGUGACACACAUUUUUCAGUAUAGUCAAGAAAAACACGAACUGCAGAAAACUCUAAAUAAUCUCCAUCAAGAGUACAGCACCACGCAAAAUGAGAGCUACUUAAGAGAAGAAAUGUUGAGAAAUAAGUCUAAACAGUAUGAUGCCCUCAAAGACCAUCUGGACUCCCUCAACAGAAAAGAGAACAGAUGCCAUGAGGAAAAUAAUCUUGUUCCAGAUUGCCUACAGCGCACAGGCACAAAUGUUGAAGGACACUGGUUCUGCUAUGGCGUAAAAUGUUAUUUCAUCAUGGACAAUAAACACUGGAGUGGAUGUAAUCAGACCUGCCAGGGCUGCAGCUUAUCCCUUUUGAAGAUAGAUGAUGAUGAUGAACUGAAGUUACUAAAGUCCCGGCUUACUAAAAACAGUUACUGGAUUGGAUUAAAAUAUGAUGAAAAGAGUCAGAAAUGGCAAUGGAUUGGCAAUGGCCCAUCUAAACUUAAUUUGAUGACAAAAUCAUUGAAGGGACGUAGAGGCUGUGCAUUUCUCAAUUUUGGAGGUAUACGUAGUGAUGACUGUGGUAUAAAGCACCCCUGUGUCUGUGAAAAGAGAAUGGAUAAAUUCCCUGAUUGAAUUGUACAAUGUGAAGGAAUUGUAAAAUGUGUGAAGGAAAAGUAAAAAUGGAACAUUUUGUCAUCUUUGAUGGUUUCCUGAGAUGAUUUGUGUCUACUUAGUGACCGAAUGUCUUAACCACAGGACUCAGUCAGCCAAGCAAACAGGGUAAGGAAUGGCAAAGGGAAGAAAUGUUCUUCUGAAACCUGACUUAACAUAGCAGAAUCCAUCUUACUUCCAGUAAACACAGCAGCUUAUGUCUGGAGAAUGGAUGCCAUUUGUCCCAAGCCUGCAGUAUCAUUCUCUUUGUUUCCUGGAUGAUGCACAGAUCCAAAUGCGGAACCUUGAAAAACAGCACACCCAUCUCCUUCUCAAUAGGAAGCCACUUCUGUACUCCACUGCUCUCACAUCACAGUUAUGAACUAGGAUGCAGUUUUAGACCUGUCUGUUAGUUGAUUGGUUAGUGUUUGUUAUGUAUGCAUGGAAUGUUAUUUUGUAUGUAGAAGAAUUUAUUUUUCAUAGAAUAUUCCUUUGCUGUAAAAUAUAUUUCCGGAUUGAACGAACAGUUGCCUGGAUAGUUCAAGGAACUCAUACAACUGUAGUGGGUGGCUGUUCCAGUUUUGACCUGGAAGUACUACCCCCAUUGAGGUUUCUGGUAACUGUCAUGUCUAUAAAGCAGGGCCAAGACAGGAGCCCUUAAGACCUGAGAUCCUGAUGUGCCAGCUCUCUUGGUUCCUGGAUCCUGGACGCUGGAGGUAGACCGAGCAGAGUUCUCCAGAGAACACCUCUGGACUGCACUCACCUCUCCUGUACCCUGUAACCUAUCCCUUUACUUGUAAGUUACCCCAGAAAAAAAAAAAAACACCUCCAUUUUAACUAUGUGUAGUUGCCGUAAUAGUUCAACCAAUAUACAACCAUCCAUAGUGCUUAUGUGUUCUCAUCCUCUCUUUGUCUCUGUCUGUUUCUCUCCUCUCUCUCUCUCUCUCUCUCUCUCUCUCUCUCUCUCUCUCUCUCUCUCUCUCUCUCUCUCUCUCUCUCUCUCUCUCUCUCUCCUCUCUCUGUGUGUCAUUUAUUUGCUCACAAGUAGAGACCACAUAUUAAUUGAGGCCAGCUGGAUGACAUGGCUCACACUUAUAAUCUUAUAGGUACAUGAGUUUGGGUACAGCCUAGAUUGCACAAUAAGUUUGAGGUUAUUGUGCUACAGAGUGAAUGAGACUGUCUCAUGAAGCAUAGUAAUAAUAAUGAUGAUUAUAAUAAUAAAGCUAAACUAUCCAUAAAUAUUUCCUAGCGAUAAGCAGUUUCUUUUAUAGCAUCAUACUAAAACUAUAAAGCUUGAUAAAUUUAGUAUUGACUGAGUAAUAUGCUCUAUUCCAUAACCCAUAUUCAUAUUUUCUAUAUCAUAUCACUGUCAAUAUUUCCUCACUUUCACUAUCAUUAGUGAAUUCACUUGUAAUGUCCUUUAGGUCUAAAAUUGUUAUUGACUUAUGAUGUCUGUUUUUGGACGUGAUAUUAAAAAAAAAUCAAAUUUUUACCUUAUAGUGUGUAUGUAACAAAAUGUACCCACUCUAAGUCAUAAACAAUAUAAGUUUUAAAAUCUAUGUACAUCUCUUCAAGAAACAUUGUGCAUGCUAUUUUUAUGUCAACUUGACACAAGUUAGAUACAUCUGAGAGGGGUAACCUCAAUUGAGAAAGUG